GAUGAAACACAGAAGCAACGGCCAGAGGGAAAAAAAAUGGAGAAGGCCACUUUUUUUAACGUUCUCGUGCACUUCGUCGUCCUCAUUGCAUGUUCCUCGCAGUCUUCGUCUCUUCUUCUCAAUGAUCGUGGCCUUGAGAAAUGGAGCUUCCCGUCUUCGCGGGCCGAGCAGCUGAUCCGGGAGCUGAACCUUUUCCCCAAGGAGGAAGUGAACGUCAUCGAUGGCCGUGAUCAGCCUUUGAACGCCAUGGAAGGAUCGAGGAUCGUCGAGCGGAAAUUCAGGUUCCCGAAUCUUAUCCACGACGGUGGAGUCAACGUCGAUGAUUUGGGUCAUCAUGCUGGUUAUUACAAGCUCCCGCAUUCUCGCGGCGCGAGGAUGUUCUACUUCUUCUUUGAGUCGCGCAACAAGACGGAUGAUCCUGUUGUGAUUUGGUUGACUGGAGGGCCUGGAUGUAGCAGUGAGUUGGCUAUGUUCUAUGAAAAUGGUCCAUUCCAGAUUUCUAACAACCUGUCCCUUGUUUGGAAUGAGCAUGGAUGGGACAAGGUUUCCAAUCUUCUGUAUGUUGACCAACCUGUUGGAACUGGUUUUAGCUAUUCGACAGACAAACGUGACAUCCGUCAUGAUGAAAGUGGAGUUAGCAAUGAUCUUUAUGAUUUCCUGCAGGCUUUCUUCGCGGAGCAUCCUGAGUUUUUAGCGAACGAUUUUUACAUAACUGGAGAGUCAUAUGCUGGACACUACAUCCCGGCUUUCGCUGCUAGAGUCCAUAGAGGAAAUAAGGCCAAUCAUGGAGCUCAUAUUAAUCUCAAGGGAUUUGCAAUUGGAAAUGGGCUUACAGAUCCUGCAAUCCAAUACCCAGCCUACCCAGACUUUGCUUUGCAAAUGGGAUUAAUCACGCAAUCGCAGCAUGAUAGUAUAAACAAGAUUGUUCCACUGUGUGAGCUAGCCAUAAAGCUUUGUGGCACUGAUGGUACAACUUCUUGUUUGGUAUCAUAUGUUGUUUGCAACUCCAUAUUCAGCGGCGUAAUGGCUCAUGCUAGUGGGAUAAACUAUUAUGACAUCAGGAAGAAGUGUGAGGGAAGUUUGUGCUAUGACUUCUCGAACAUGGAAAAAUUCUUGAACCUGGAACCGGUGAGGGAAUCGCUAGGUGUCGGGGAUAUAGAGUUUGUGUCCUGUAGCCCGACAGUGUAUCAGGCGAUGCUAAUGGACUGGAUGAGGAAUCUAGAGGUUGGCAUUCCUAAACUAUUGGAAGAUGGAAUCAAGCUUCUGGUGUAUGCUGGGGAAUAUGAUCUCAUCUGCAAUUGGCUCGGUAACUCGAGGUGGGUGAAUGCAAUGGAGUGGUCGGGGAAAGAGAAGUUUGGGGAAGCAGGGGAGGUUCCAUUUGUGGUGGAUGGGAAAGAAGCAGGACUGUUGAAGAGCUAUGGACCCCUUGGUUUCCUCAAGGUACGUGAGGCAGGACACAUGGUGCCAAUGGAUCAGCCGAAAGCUUCACUGGAGAUGUUGAAGAAAUGGAUGGAUGGCUCUCUUUCCAAGUCUCAAUCCGCAACAGAUGAACCCAAAUUGGUGGCUGAGAUGUAAAAUCAACAACAACAACAACAACGACAUCAACAUCGUCUUAACUUAAGACAAGACAGGUGUUGGUGUAAAUGUUCUUGUGAAAGCAAAGGGAGUUGUAGUUGGGAUAUUUUUUUAUCUUCAGACAGUCACACUCUCCUGUGUUUGUAUCAGAAGGCCCCAAAAGCCAUUUUAAGGAAAACCAAUUUGCAUGGCCCUUUUCAUUA